AAGUGUGUAUUUAUAGUCGGCUGAUGUUGAUUUUAGUUUAGUUCACUUUUUGGCAGGUAUUUGCGUUUGUGAUCUUUAAUACUUAUAUAUUUUUCAAAUAUAUCAACAUGUCGAUCGUCGCUGGUAAAUACGAAUUCACCAAACAAGAAAACGGCAAGGAUUUCUAUGCCGGUGUUGGAGUUUCGGCUGAAUUUGCUGAGAAAUCAGAGACCACCCCAUGCACUCUUGAGGUGAUUGUUGCGGGUUCCAAGGUUACCUUGAACACCCACUACACCGGUAAGGUGAACACUGUCGAAUGCCAGAUGGGACAAGAGUUCAAGGACAAAAUGCCAAAUGGCUUGGAACUUGAUAGCACUCCUUCAAUUGAUGGUAAUAAACUUAUUAUCAAGUCCAACAAGGAUGGUAACUACAUUGGUGAACGCGUUUAUGAAUUCACCGGUAGCGAAGUUAUUGUUAGUAUCUCUUCCGUAAUGACUCCUGCUGUAUGCAAACGUUUUUACAAGAAGUGAAAAUAAUGGUCUAGUGUUUAAUUUUUUAUAUCACUGGCAUAAAAUGAUUUUAAGUAAAUAAAUAAUAAUAAGUAAAGUUUA